CCUUCUUUCACUUUGCUGGGAAACUAGACCUGAGGAAGUACUUCUGAGCAGGGCAGUGAGGGUUAAGUGACUUUCCCAGGGUCACACAGCUAAGUUUCACCAUGGAAAUCCCUUGUGGUCUUCUCACCCGCUCCAAGAAGCCAGUGCCUCUUAAGAGCAUCUCAGUGGCUGUGUCUAUCCAUGAGUUUGUGGCAGAUGUGUCUGCAACCCUGGACUACAAGAAUGAGGAAACUGAUCCUGUGGAAGCAUUCUUUGUGUUCCCCAUGGAUGAAGACUCUGCUGUUUAUAGCUUCCAGGCCCUGGUGGAUGGGAAGAGGAUAGUGGCAGAAAUACAAGAGAAGCAGCAGGCCCAGAAAGAUUAUGAGAAUGCCAUCUCCCAAGGCCAGCAAGCCUUCCUUCUGGAGCAGGAUAGCAGUUCUGGUGACAUCUUCAGCUGCAGUGUAGGAAAUUUACCAGCUGGCCAGAAGGCUGCUGUCACUCUGAGCUAUGUUCAGGAACUGUCCCUUGAGGCAGAUGGGGCUGUUCGUUUUGUCCUUCCAGCCAUCUUGAAUCCACGCUAUCCCCUCCAAGGGUCAGCUGUGGCAUGCAACAUCACCUCUGAAAUCCCCCGGGUUGCUGGCAAGGAGCUGCCCUAUACAUUUAGUGUCACUGCCAAUGUCUGCUCUGCCCAUGGCAUUGAGAAGGUCCAGUCCAACUGCCCCCUGAGUCCCCUGCAGUACUUAGAAGAUGACAAGUCAGUUGCCCAGGUUUCCUUGGCUGAAGGGCAUCAUUUUGAUCGGGACGUUGAGAUUCUGGUUUACUACAGGGAGGUGAACACACCCAGUGUCUCUGUGGAGCUGGCCCAGGCUGAUGCCAAACCAGGUUCCCUCAUGGGAGAUCCAGCUAUGAUGGUGAGCUUCUACCCUAGCAUCCCUGAGUCUCAGGGAGAGAUCACUGGCGAAUUUAUCUUCCUCAUGGACCGCUCAGGGAGCAUGUCUUCCCCAGUGCAUAGCAAAGGAGAUGGCCAGUUGCGCAUAGACAGUGCCAAGGAAACUCUGCUCUUGCUGCUGAAGAGUUUACCCCUUGGCUGCUUUUUCAAUAUCUAUGGAUUUGGAUCCUCCUUUGAGUCAUUCUUUCCAGAGAGUGUGGCAUAUACACAGCAGUCCAUGGAGGAGGCCAUGAAGAGAGUAAAGGAUCUAAGAGCUAACCUGGGAGGGACUGAAAUCUUAGAGCCACUGAAGAACAUUUAUAGCAAAGUCUGCAGGCCAGGCUACCCUCGGCAGCUCUUUGUCUUCACAGAUGGAGAAGUUUCUAAUACCCGACAGGUCAUUGCUGAAGUUCAACGCCACAACAAGGAUCACAGGUGUUUCUCCUUUGGAAUUGGAGAAGGGGCUUCCACCAGCCUUAUUAAAGGCAUUGCUCGGGCAGCUGGGGGCACUGCAGAAUUCAUCACGGGCAAGGACAGAAUGCAGCCCAAGGCCCUCAGGUCCCUAAAGCGAGCCCUGCAGCCGGUGGUACAGGACAUCUCCCUGACCUGGACUCUGCCCCCUGGGCUGGAGGCUACCUUGCUCUCUCCAGCUCCUACUCUCAUCUUCCAGGGUCAAAGGUUAAUCAUCUAUGCCCAAUUGAAAGGCACAAAUACAUCCAAAGAGGCAGCAGGUGAGGUCUGCCUUCAAUAUACCCUCCAAGGUGCUGGCUUCCAGAACACAGUGCCAUUCUGCCUGGAUCCCAAAGCAGAUGACAAACUCACCAUUCACCGCCUAGCUGCCAAGGCCCUGAUCCAGACUCUUGAUGGAAACUUAGAGGAUGGUGCAGAAGAGAAGAAAAAAGUGGUAGAUAUCAGCCUUCAGUCGGGUGUUAUCUCUUCUCACACUGCCUACAUUGCUAUCAAUAAGGAGCUCAACCAGCCCAUUCAGGGGCCCCUCACCAGGAGAGAUAUUCCAUUGCCUUUUCCAUAUUUGGGGGCCGCAUCCUUCACACAUUCUCUAAGAGGUGGUAGAUCUCCUUAUCGAAUGUUAUGUUGCAGUGCACCUCCCAGAGACUAUAGCUCACCGUACCCUGCUGAUGGAGGAAUUUUCAAAAGUGCCGGCUCUCUCUUCAAAAAAAAGAUGGCUGCCAAGUCUGGUGUUUCACAGGCACGUCAUUUACAAAUGGCAUUUCCCCAAAAUAGCCCAAGAUUGAUGGCCGCAGAGCAUGCCGUGGCUAGAGACACAUCCCCUCCAGAGUCUCCACUUCUGCAGCUGGUUUCCCUCCAGAAGGCAGAUGGUUCCUGGGAACUAGAUGAAGCCCUGGCCUCACUUCUUGGUGUGAGUGUUCAGACUGCAUUGGCUGCUUUGCCUGACCAGAGCAAAGACAUCCCAUACUGGGCCACUAUCUUGGCUGUGCUGUGGAUGCACAAGUCCAGUUGGGACCAGAGAGAAGAAUGGGAACUACUGGAGAGGAAGGCUGUGGCAUGGAUCCAGUCUCAAUCUGAUUCUUCCCUGGGUGAAUGCAUCAAAGCAGCCAAUGCACUCCUGAAGUCAUCUGUGGAUCCUGCUGUCUUUGGCCUGUGAGAGUAGAAAUGAAAGUGUUUAUCUUUGGCUGCUGCUCCUUACCCUCUAUGCUGCUAAAACCUGUUGAUUUGCCUUCCUUCCCUGUUAUGACUCAUUCCCCAUAGGAACUGAUCAAUUAGAUUCCAUUUGGUUCAAUUCAAGUAUUUAUUAAGGACCCUACCAUGGGUUGGGCAUGUUCUAGGAGCUAAUGCUACAAAAAUGAUAGUCUUCUCACACAAGCAUCUUGCAUUCUACUGAGGAAAGCAGUAAGUUCACAAAUCACUAAAUUCCAGAAUAUGUACAAAAUAAAUAAAAAUAAAUUUAGAGAGGAAGAAAGAAGUAACAACUGGAAGAAUCAAGAAAGGCCUCUUUCAGUUCCGCAAACAUUUCUGUACUAGAUCAUUCUUUUUCUCCUACCCUACCACUGAUUUUGAGAAGUUACUACAUAUGAUAAAAAAGGCUAGGUUUGAGGGUGAGGGGAAGGAAGGCUGCAUACGUGAUUCUAAAUACCAUUAUAGAAAUAUAUUUCAGUUCUAUAUUCUAUGUCCUGAUCUAUUCAUGGAGAAAGGAGAAAAAAAAGAGUUAACUAAUAUUUAAUAUGUACCUACUGUGUGUCAGGCACUGUUGAAGAUGUGGAUGGCUAUGGUUGGAUGAGCAGGGCUCAAAUGAGGUCACAGGAGCACUUUAGAGUAAAAUAUAUGAAGCACCCAGCAUCAUGGCAGAAGCCAACACUCCCCUCCAGUCGGGUCAGCCCAGCUGUUCUGAGAAAGAUUCCUCUCUGAUUGCAAACUUCUAGCCUUGAAACUCAUAUUUCAGGCUUGUCUCAGCUACACUGAGACACUCAGUUACACCGUUGAGUUUAGCUCAAUUCAACAAAAAUUUAUUAGGAUCUUGCUAUUAUGGGCUCCAUUUUUCUUGGGGAAAGAAAUUCUUACCUGCUCUUGUUCCUGAAGUUUUUAUGUUGGAGAGUAGGGCUGCAUCAUUUGGGCAGAGCUGAAGCUCAUGUUCUCUUUUUGUGGAAUCAGGCUGACCUAGGAGGGCAGAAUUUUCCUUCCUCUUUUGAGUUUUCAUAUUCAAUUUCCUAUUUCUCCUGUUAAUGUAUCAACCACCUGGAUUUGAUGGAGCUGCCUUAUAAUCCAAAUGGAUUUUAUGAAACCCUAGAUUAGCAAAGUGCCCUUUGACUAAAAGUCAAACUAAACCCAGAAAGCAGAUAAUCCCUAUUCACUAACUUUCCCCAAAAGAGUAAAUAUAUCUUAUUGUUUUCCUUAUCACAUAUCUAGGCAUCCUUGUCCUUGGUAAACCCUUCCUGUUUCUUUAAGUUUCCUGUUAUAGUAUUUGCUUUAGGUUGAUUAAAAUCAAGCUAAUGAAGUUACCCUGUAACCAGUAAAAGAGAAAAAAAACAUUUAUAUACUGUCACAAGUAAGGGGGAACCUUUGAGAGCUUCUUCUUUGGAAGGGGUCUCAGCAUGAUUCAUGCUGCUUGUUCUUGGAACAAAUAAACUGGUACUGUUUUUCCUUCC